AAAACUGAAAAGACUUCAGUCCAAUUCGGAGUCUCUCCACUCCACUCCACUCCACUCCACUCCACCAGCAACAGUUAUUGUUUCCACUCAAUUUCAUUUUCCAGCCGUUUUCAAGUAUUUACUCUUACUACUCAUCAACUGUCACGCUUUUCCCCUUUUAUUCUUGUCCUUUAUCUUCAAAAUUCCGAUCUCACUUUCCUCCUACAGGAACAAGAACAAUCAAAGUAAUCUACUUCCUAGGGUUUGCAGUUUUACCCAAUUCAAUCUUCUUCAAGAUGGCUGCAAAUCCUGAAGAUGAAUUAAAAUCUCCUUCUGCAUCAGCCCCACAAGAUUUCCCCCUUAAUCAGGAAAUUAAGCAAAAUCAGAGAAGAGAAACCUCACCUGAUCAGCAUUCAAGGCGUCCGAACUUGUCGUCACUGCAAAUACCUGAAAGAUCCAUAGAAAAUGCAUUGAUCAAUUCCGCAAGAACAGAUAUAACACCAAGUCCCAGUUCUACAAGAGCAGGUCUACCUCCAAGACCAAGUUCAGCAAAGUACAAAGCAUCUGUGAAAAAUUUACUUCCCCAACGCAGUCUCAGGACAAAGACCUUGUCUCACGAAGGAGAGAAGACCGUUCUUCUUGUUCCAGAGACAGAAUUGUCAGUUGGUCCAGUCGACAAGCCUUCUACCUCAAGAUCGUUUUCUCUUACUAAGGUGUUCUCCUCGUCAAUGGCUAAAGGCACAAACUCUAUGCCAGUAACACCUGUUGCAAACUCAGGCGUCGAGUCUUUACAGGGAAGAUAUCUCCAAGAUCAUUCUGAUUUUCCUAAACAAGCAGAUCAGAAGCAUAUAUCACGCUCCUUUUCAGUUCCUGUUAAUGUCAAAACGAUGGCAACUUUAAGGAGAAUGGAUUCAUCAGGAGGUCUGAUUCGUGUAAUUUCAACUCCUCGUCCUGUAAUGGUUGAUGGAGGAUCGCCAGAUGACAUUGCUGCAGCGGCUACUGCGACUGAAGAAGCAACUGAAGAUAUUCCUGAAGAAGAAGCAGUGUGCAGAAUUUGUUUUGUUGAACUCAAUGAAGGGGGUGAAACUCUUAAAUUGGAGUGUAGCUGCAGAGGUGAACUUGCACUAGCCCACCAAGAAUGUGCAGUGAAGUGGUUCAGUAUAAAGGGUAACAGGACAUGUGAUGUCUGCAAGCAAGAAGUAAAAAACUUACCUGUAACGUUAUUGCGAAUAGAGAGUAUUCAGCAGCAGACUGUUAAUAGACAGACGGGGGUUGUGGCACCACAGAGGGAAGUUCCUCGAUACAGGGUCUGGCAGGACGUGCCGGUUCUUGUCAUGGUCAGCAUGUUGGCGUAUUUCUGCUUUCUGGAGCAGCUUCUGGUCUCGGAUCUAAGGUCUCGUGCUCUAGCUAUAUCUUUGCCUUUUUCCUGUGUUUUAGGCCUACUAUCAGCCAUGAUAGCUUCUACAAUGGUGAGCAAGAGUUACAUUUGGGCUUAUGCUUCGUUCCAAUUUGCGAUCGUUAUCCUGUUUGCUCAUAUCUUUUAUACUGUACUUAGUGUGAACCCGAUUCUCUCAGUUCUGCUUUCCUCGUUCACUGGUUUUGGAAUUGCAAUCAGCACAAAUUCUCUGCUUGUCGAGUAUCUAAGAUGGAGAACCAGCAGAAAUCCGCAAACUGCUCAUCAACAAAACCAAAGAGGAGUACAACAUCAGUAUCAUCGACGUCAUCAGCAUCAUCAUCAUCAACAACAACAUCAGCAACAACAGCAGCAACAGCACCAGCACCAGCAACAACAACAACAACAGCAACAACAGCACCAGCACCAGCACCAGCAACAACAACAACAACAGCAACAACAUCAAAGGGAGGAUAUUGAAACUGGGACAGUAGAUAGGCCUAACAGGAGUCUUGAAACCUGACAAGGGAACACUGAUGCCAAGAGGUGGUAGAGCGGUUCUUCUCAUAAGCAAAACUGAGAAGAGUAGUUUUCCUUGACAUUCUACAGUUAUUGUUAAAGUGUAUAAAGAAAACAAAAAAGAAGGUGAUUGUAAAGGAAUGGUAAAGAAAACAAGUGUGAAUUAUUACAUCCUUUGUAUAAGCAAUUUUCAUACAAUGUAAAAAAAAGAAAAUGUAGUAUUUGAGAAACCCCUGGUUUCAUUCAUAUAUAAUUCGACCGCGUCUUUCAUUUUUGUUA